GUUUGAAAACUGCUGCUACCAGCAGCAGGCACUUCACAGCCAUAUAUCUGAUGAGUGAAUCUAAUUUGUGUGAGUGUGGCAGAGCUCUUUCCCUCCCCCUUCCAUCUCCUGUCUGGUUCACCUUCUUGAGAUAACAGAAACAUGAGGCAAUGAACCACCACAAGCUGUUUUAAGAAGUUGCUAAAACUGCACCAGAAAAACAAUUCCAUCCUAACAGAUGAUCGUUCAUUUCCACAAUGACCAGGCAGUGAAGACAUCUCCAGGCCAUGUGCACAGGUAGCCUUGCGCUGCAUUGUCUCUUUCUGAUGCUGAUGUUGGAGAAUCCAUGGGCAUAUGGUAACAAUAACUGCAACAUUGCUGUCCAAAGAGGAAGCGUGCACAAAAUAAAUGCUGGCAAUUCAGCUGCUAUAGCGUGUCCAGUAGAGUAUUGCAAUAAGACUCCUGAAAUAAAUUGGUCCAGGUUCAGUGAAGUGAAUCAGACAUUCUUAAUUUUGCAUCCAGGACAAAGGCACAUGAUUUCAUGGGCAAAUGGAAACAAUUUUGUUUUGAAUUUUUCAUCUGUUUAUAAGAAUGACAGUGGAAGAUAUCGCUGUGAAGGUACUGCAGGGGGAAAAUUACUUGAGGGCCAUGUAAUAGAAGUCUUUGUUCAAGACUCUGAAGAUGCUAAUACUACAGCCGAUCAUGGAGCACCUGAAAAGAGCAAGAUGAUUAUUUAUUUGCUGAUAUCCGUGGGACCACUAUGCCUCCUCAUUUUGAGCUGCUUGGGCCUGCUGUAUUUCAUCAGGAGGUAUCAAGUGAAAAAGAAGGAUUCAUCAACGUCACAAACUGAAAUGAAUGUGCUGGGUAGUAAUACAGAUGCCCAUUGCAGUGAUGCCGCACCUUGCUUGCUACAGCUUCCAGAUGGCAAUGUUGCCUAUAGCAAUCGAGGCAAUUGCUGGAAGGCCACUAGGGCAGCAUCAAAUCCUACAUGCGAUGAAUGUGUCUCCAAUACCCACCAGAUCUUUCCUCCAGAAAAGGAUACCCUUAUUUAUGCAACAUUGAGCCAUGGAGCACCUUUUCAGAGAGAUGAAUGCUCUGUAGAAUAUGCCAACAUUGUGCUGAAGAACUAAGUGUGAACAACUGCUUGGUGAUUAGCACCAUAUUGUGUUUUCCACUAUGGCUCCACAAGCUUUCUCACAAGCUCCACUCUGAUCAUUACUUAGUGCAUGUGUACCACACAAUCAAAUCCUACUAGGAGCAUUUUGUUCAUUUAUAGAUGGUAUUGAUUUUUCUGGAUUGUUAAAAUGAGUCUCAUGCUAAUUUUAUCAAUUCUGUUUUAUAAGUUUCUGUGCAAAUUCUGGUUUCCACAUACCUUGACCUAAUCAAACCAUACUACUGAUGAUUACAUAAAUAGUCUAGCACUCUAUUACUCAAUCUCUUCAGCAAAGAAAACAAAUAGUUCAUCUGCAUCCUACAAUCCUACUUAGCUUUCAAUAGAAUCAGAUGGUGAAAGCUUAACAAUAUCCACAACAAAAAGGACCUAUUAUUUGGAGAAACUGCACCUUCUAACAUUUUUGUUUGUAGUUCCAGUUCACUACAAGACCACGGGAGAUUCUCUGUGCGCUUCCAGACUGUCACUGUGUUCAAGUGGGAUUCAAUCACAUGCCAGCAAAUUCAGGUCAUACAAUUAAAGCUGAUGUGGAGCUCUUGCACAACAAACCCCCUUCCCCAACAGACCUUCCCCACAAACAAAUGAGAAUGCAUGGUCAUUGAAUAGCCAAAGUUGUCUAAUCUCCCUACAAACAAAUCAGAAUGAGAAUGCUCAACGAACUAGUUGUUUGGAAGCACCCUCAGUGAGAAGAAUGAAUGUAUAAAUUUUCAACUACAUGAAAACCAAAUGAGCAGAUCUUUAAUCAUGUAUUUAAUUGAUCUCCCCCCCCUCAAGAAUUGAUAUCACUGAAUGGUAUUAUCUAGGUAAUCCAAACAAAAGGAAAGACGCAAGUCAAAACAUUGGGCAAAUAAAUUAUAGGGAUAAUGGAUCAACUACUGUAUACAUUAUAGUAAUUAUCUACACUAGGAAUGAACUGGAAAAUAAACAUAUGUAUAUAAUAAAUUAUGGAUUGACAGAUACAUGAAUGUUAUUCACUGUUAGUGCAGAUGCUGAAAUGGCUGCCAUCAUAGUACAUGAACUGUCCCCCUUAAUAUACUACUAUGUGCUGCUGCUGCUCUAAAAACACUCUAGCUCCUGAGCCCAGAACAGCUGGACACCACACUCAGAAUCAAUGUCUCAGAAUUGGAAAAAUAGGUGAGUGAAAGCCAAAGUAAUGAAGGUAUCUGGGAGUAGCAUGUCCUGGCUAAGUUGACUCUAGGAUGUAAAAAGGCAUCAUUUUCUGCUCUGCCCUGUAUUUGUUGCAUGCAGCACUGUUCCCAUUCUGUUGCAGCUCACCUUCCACCAAAAACUACAUCAUUCAUCUCACUGUCCACCGCAGCAAAAGUACAUACCUGCCCAACAUACCAUAUCUAAUUUUCAUAAUUAAUUCCAUAAGAUACAUUGUCAUUAUGUUAUUCUACCCCAUUUGUUUCAGUGCAAAGGAAUUGCAAUGCAAAUGGGGGCAGGGGGAACAUAAUCAAUUACAUAUCAAUUUUGGACUGAAAGCAACAACAACAGUGAAUACUGAUCAUAUUUGCUGGAUUGAUUUCCAUUCUAGAUAAGGGACGAAUAAAUGAACAUUGGCAAUUUCUGCUCCCAUUUCCAUCCGAAUUCUCCAAC